GGCACGCUCACAUAAAGCGUCAAUCAGCUGGUCGUUAUGGAAACAGAUAGGCGCGUACAUGCUGAGCUGAGUGUCGGCGCAAGUCUGCGCGCGGCAGACAGAGCUGCGAGUGGAUUUAUAAACGCUCUUUGAAUCUCAUCGCCCCCCACAACACUGCCAAGUUUAUGUCGUGCUCUUCACUUUACAGCAUCUCCACAUCUUUAAGCUGACAGUAUGUAAGUGGAGAAAACACCCGCUUAUGUAAUUGAUCUAAUAUUGGCAGUGAGAACUAUUAUUGACUUUGGUACAGUUUAAUUAACCAUGUCCGUGGAAGAGACAGAAUUACCAGACUGUCAGGAGAAGGUGGGCUUGAAGAGAAAACUGACGGGUCCACCAAGACUUUUGUUGGGAAAGUCCAAAUCAAAGGAUAAAUUUGAAGGUAAAUCACAGAGAAGGCAAAGACAAGCUAAAUCCUGUGAUGGCACAGUGGAGAAUAUUGAUCAAGAAAACAAUGAUGGCAAAGACAAUGAAUCUUCACUUAUUACCCACCACAGCCCUCAAAAAGCCUCAGACGAGAGGGAAACCCAGCCAGAUGCUCCAGGAGAUACCUCAGGAAUUCUUCUAACACUGGAGGAGAAUGAAAGCAAAGAUGAAAAUAUGGAAAGUAAAAUGAAAAUGACCAGAAGCGCUUCUAAAACAUCCAUUAAGAGGACAUUUUCCUCACUCCUCAGGUGUGGCAAGAAGAAGGAAUCAGACAGAACAGAAAGCAAAAACAAAGCUCAACACAACAUGUGCAACUCUGUGUGUGAGAGUAAACUGAGUAAUGCAAAAAAUAAGGAUGUUCCUAAUGGAAAAAGUAAAAAGAGAGUUUUUUUCACAGUGUGGCCCAUUUCUAAGAGAUCUGCCACAUCUAAUGUCUGUCUAGGAGGAGGAUGUAAAGAGCAAGGAGGCAUGGUUUGUCAGGAGAUAACGGCACCGAAAGAUUUGACAUUUAAAAAGAUCUACCGCAUCUUUCCAAGAAGGAAGAAAGCACCUCAUAUUGAUCAGUUUGAGUGUAGUGUUCCCAAUGCAACACAAAAAGAACUAGCUGAUCAACUGAAUCAAUCACUUCCAGCUGUUAUGGACAUUCCCAGUAUCGAGAAAGAAGAGAACCAAAAGGAAGAGCAACAAAUACAAGCGGAAAGCAUUCCAGAAAAAUUUACAUUCAGUGCAGAUGUGAGCAUUAACAUAAAGUCUGACCACAUGGAUAAGGAGCAGGAAAUAUGUCCUGACCGAGAUGUGAGUAUGAAUAAAGAAGAUGACGAGGUGUUACAAACUAGUGGUCUUUUGGAUUCUGAUGUUCCUCUAUCAUGUUGCAGUGGCCGUAGUUUCGACUCUGAGUUGCCGGGCACAUCAUCAGCACAUGAUCUGCUAGUCUUAAAUAAGGAGUCUAUAGAGAAUGAUGUAAAAUGCAGGCCAGUGAUUACUAUCGAGCAUGCAUAUUCAUCAGAGGAAGAGAACGUGAAUGAGGCACCACAGUUUGAUGGUCUUACAAUGAAUGGGUCCUGGCAACAUUUAAAAAUAAACAGCCUAACAAACAACACACUACAUCCUUCAGACCUAAAUGCGUCUACUGAACUAGACCACGGCCGAUGUAACGAGACCUUACUGAUUCAGACGGCAAUUUCAAUGGUGCAAGCAGCCAUCCGCGGUGCUGUGGAACAGCUCACAAUCGAGCAGCAGCACAAUCAGAUAAGUUUGGACCACGCGUAACCUCACAUUCUUUAUUUGGCGAAUUAAUUUUGUAUUUCUCUGAGAUGGUAUAAAUAAGAUGCAUAAAAGAGGAAAAGAAUUUCAUGUGAUUAAGUGUAAGAUGACACAUAUAUAAAUACAUUGGUAAUGUUUGUAAAGAUAAAAUGAUUGAUGUCAGAUUGUGGAAAAGUUUGUAUUCAUUGUGUGAUUUUAAUGCUGUAAAUUUGUAAUUGCAUGAUUAACCUAUUUUCAUGAUCGUUUGUACACUUAAUGUUCAUAUUUUUUAUACUGCGUUAUUCCCUAUGAUACUGCAGUGUAGUUUCUAUAGCAAUGGAUAUCUCACACAUGAUUCCAAGAAGGCAUUGAGCCACAUGCUUAUGAUAUGUUGUGUAAAAGUUAAGGCAACGUUUUUAUGGAAAUAAGUGGUCUAAGGACCCAGGUGUGUGUAUCGGUUGCUCAAUUCGUAUUUAAAUGAGGCCCUGACUGAAGCCUACAGUUCAGUGAAGUUGUUGUUAUGUUAAGUGACUGUAUACUGUACAUGACAAGCCUGGGAGUAAUGCUUGAAGAUAAUGAUUACACCGAGUUGGCAGCAGGGAAGAUGUUUGCUUUUGUGACUACAUGCUACUCUCUUGUGGCACUAAGAUGUUACUACAAGAUGGUCAGUUCCAGGAAUAGUUCUUCCAAAAAUUAAAAUUCUGUCAUCAUUUACUCACAAGCAUGUUGUUGCAAACCUAUAUGAAUCUGUGAAACACAAAAUUAGAUGUUUUGAAGAAUGUUUUUGUCCAUGCAAUGAAAGUCAAUGAGGACUAAAAAAGUCCCAAGUUGUAGAAUAAAGUCAUGCAGCAGGUUUAUAAUGAUAAGGUUUAAGGAUUUGAGGAGUAAAUGAUGACAGAAUCUUCAUUUUGGGGUGAACUAUCCCUUUAAAGUCAGUUCCAUUGAAACCAAUGACAAGUAUACAACCAAAGCAGAUGCAUUAUAAAUCAGUUUAUUCAAUGUGCCAUUUAUUUAAAAAAAUAAAUAAAUAACCAAACACAUUAUCACACAAUGGCACUGAGUGCUGAUGAUGAAUAAAACUGAAAAGGGACUGUUUAAAUGCACUACACAAGUCACACAAAUAACACAAAUGUAAGUUUUGCUGAUAUAAAAUACUCAUCACAGUACACCAGCCUCAAUUUGAGUACUCAAUUAAUAUAACUGCAAAAAGUGGUGCUUUGACAGUUCAAAUACAGCACAAAGAAACCAUGUCUACCAUCAGUGAUGUCUUAAAGUUGAUCAAUCAUUCUAAAUAAAACAUUUUUGUCAUGUCUCAGCAUUUGAAACAUGACUGGAAA